GUAACAACUCAUAUCAGGUGUCCCCAUCAGAGUGCCCCCUUAAGUAAUGUGUUCCCUUCAGAAAGCCGCCUUACAACAGGUAAUCCUGUCAGAGUGCCCCCUAACAUCAAAGUGCCCCAUUAUAUAAGGUUCCCCCAUCACAGUGACCCCUUACAUUAGGUCAUGCCAUCAGAGUGCUCCUUCACAUUAGGUGUACCCAUCAGAGUGCCCCUUUACAUCAGUUGUCCCCAUCAGAAUGCCCCUUUACUUCAGGUGUCCCCAUCAAAGUGCAACCUUACAUCAGGUAUUUCCAUCAGAGUGCACCCUUACAUC